UUUUGCGCCAGACCCUCACCUCCAUCUGUCAUUCAACCGCAAUUGCCCCACGUUCGGAUCACGCCCUCUUACUCCGACACCAACUGCCUAUCCUUUUUCAUGGCAAGGUGUUUGAUGAAGAACUGCACCUGAAAGAUGUGUUUGAGUUGUGGGGAGAGACAGAGCGUGGCGUAAAGGGACUGAGAUAAACAGAGAUUUUAGACAGGGCAUGUUGCUACUGCAGUUGAGGAAUCAGCGAGGUUUCUGUCGUGUGGAUCGGAGACAAGAUGAGAUGAGGAUAUUUUUUUCCUGGAUCCGGGCGAUUUCGUAUCGGAGACCUUGCCCGUGAUGCUGGCCUCUUUACGUGUGUUGGAACUUGGAGCUUGGAGUUACAGUGCACGUCUCUUGUCACAUGCCUUCGAGGGGAGCUUCAGAAAUCAGCGACGAGAGGCUUGUUGUGUUGAUGGGUUCGAGCGGCAUUGUAUACUGUUGAGAUAGUGCUUUAGUUGAAGGUUUUGAGAUUGUUGAGUAAUCCACCGAGCUUGGCUGUCGGUUGAUUGGUUUUUGUGCCCCCGGGAAUAUUUUUUAGUUUUUAUUUUUUUAAUAGGUUUUGUCGCCUCACGCGUGGUACAAAACUUUCGGUGUUUUGUGCCAACUUGCAAUGGGUUUGGUUGGGGUGGAUUGUAUCGACACGAAUCAGCAAUCAGUGUGAUGAGAGUUAAUCCAGUUCGUUGCGUUUUUUUUUUUUUUUUUUUUUUUUUCGGGUGGGAUUCUGCUUGUUAAGCGCGAUUUUAGUAGCCUGGAUCGUGUCACAUGCUGCACGGGCGCGGCAUCUGAUGAUGGAAAUGAGGUUUAAGGGAUCCCUCAUCUCGUGGUUUCCAGCUUGAAUUCUUUGUGUGUGUUCGGCUUGCCGUACCCAAUCAGCUUGCUAUCUAAAGAGAUGAGCAUCGCUUUUCUGCUCUGUAUCGGUCGUAUUUUGGGAUUCAAAGAAAUCACGUGUUAUAAGAAGCGCUAUUGUAAGAUUUUGAAGCUAUUUUGAUAAAAGUCUGAAGGAUAUCGUAUUGCUAUCGUGCCAGAGGUGGCUCAGCACUUGAAUUGCAAGGGUUUUGCGUUAGCGAAGAUAUCGCUCGAGUGUACACGAUAUGUAUCUGAUAACUUGCAGAUUUGAUGCUUGUUGUUGUGGAACAAAGAAUUUUCACGGUUUUUUUUUUCUGAUAAAUUUUUUGACGAGGAAUUUUGGUUCUACUGUGCAGCUGGAGCGUGACAAGAGGACAGUGAGCUUUACAAAAAAUAAUCGUCUCAUGCAUAAUUAGGGCAUACAAAUUUUUGAGAAUGCGGGGGCACGGAGCAGGGGUUGGUUUGCCUCGGCUAUGCUUCAUAUUCUUUAUAUUCCUUUUUCCAACAUUUGGCCAAGUAUAAAGUGCCAACAGCCUUCCCGACGAGGACUGGGAGGCGGGUUUAGGGACAGAUAUGUGUCCUGAAAAGGUAGAUGUACCAGUAAAUCCAGUAUUUUCAUCACGUGAUGUUACCCUUCGUAUUCCUCGUGACGUUGUUGAUGGUGAUGCUGGUGAUGACCAAUCGAUGAUAUCCGAAAUGAAACGGUUGCUAACAGAACAGUCCAAUCAGAUAGAAAAGCUUAGCAAUCUCAUCACCAAGUUGGAUCAAUCUUUUCAGAAACUACUUUCUCAAACUCCUCCAGUAGCGGUUUCUUCACACAGGCACCACAGUGUCGGUGCAGAGAUUAGUCGUAAGUCAAAAUUUAGCCUCGAUGCAAAACUGGUAAAUAUGAAACCUGAUCAUUCGAAUGAGAAUCCCCAAAGUUCACGGAUAGAAGACGCUGCAGCUUUGGGCUUGGGAAAGCCCAGAAAUCUGGUCUCUGAUGUCUCAGCAAUCAGGCAAUCACAGUCACAAACAGGGGGGUCUGGGCCUGGGGGAGGAAUGACAAUUGCCCGUUACAAGCCAGCCUGGGCGGAGCAUUUCCAGUUUGUUUCCGCUGUCAAGGUCGAUAUCGAUGUUUCAUGCCUGCACGUACUUCCUCAUGAAGGUGACGAUGGUAUGAGCCGCUAUGUGGCAGUAGGGGAUUCAGCAGGACGAAUUUUUAUUUUUUUCAUACAGGGUGACUUACUUGUGGACUAUGCCACUCUGUCUCAAGCCCCGGUGACUGCCAUGCUUUCCUUCACUUUGCGCAAAAAUGAAACAUGGCUGGUGACUGGCCAUGCGGAUGGUGCCGUGCUUGUGCACCGCAUUUGGGAAAUAAUGCAGAGAGGUUCCCCGUCUAGUGAGGAGGUUCACCAGUUAGUUUUAGAAUAUGUGCACUCGUUUGUUCCUCCUUCCUCCCAGGAUACUGGGAAUUAUGAUCUGAAAGCUAUGUUUGAAACGGGAGCUGAACUUCUGGUAACAGAGGAGGUUCUUGGAGGAGUUGAGAGCAAAAGCAAGCUGAUAACACAUCUGGAGAUGUACAGAGUGGGUAAGAUGCGAUAUGUGCUGGUGGCAGACUCCAACGGCAAGAUGGAAAUGUUUCGAGAAAAUGGAACUCUGUUUGGAGUUGCUGAUUCCUUAAGUCGUCCGCUGGCAUUUUUGCAAACACCCAAUACUCAGCGAUUGUUAUUCCUCACGAAAACUGGUGGUGGUUCUCUUGAUCUGCGGACUAUGACUGUGCGGACCUGCCCCUGCGAUGGACUGAAUGGCUCUACUGUGGUUGCUUAUGCAUUCGAUGCCGCUGGACGAUCUCGGGCAUAUGGUUUUAAAGAAAAGGGCGAUCUUGUAUAUGUCAUCCUUUCCGGAGACACGCUUCACUUUGAAUGUCAUGCCAGAACUACCAAGAGAAAAUUAGACGUAGAAGGCCCUGUCUCACUACAUGGUAUUACAGGCUACUUGGUGGUUGCCACUCCAAAGAGUGUGUUUGUUUAUAACACAACUCUCCAGCUUGGUUUCAGCUAUGCCAAUAUUCGGGGUGGGGCUGGCCAUCGACCCCUCUUCAGUGCCUCCUUGGAUGAUAUAUCCCUUUCCUUUCUUCCCACGCCUAUUGCUGCAGGGAAGUUGCCCAUGAUGGCUUGCAAUCGUGACAAGCUCAUUGUCGUUGGCUUUGGUGGUGGCUAUGUUGGUAUCUAUCGAUCCACUUUACCAGUGCAUAAACUCCCAGAUUUUAAUGCCAAAUUUUGGAGCAGUCCCAUUUUUGUUUCUGUUAUCCUCCUCUUAUUAGCCUGGCAAUUGCUCAGUCGUAAACGUGAUCCAGCGCCUACAGAUAGCAGUAAGCUUGUGAUGCAAAUUGCACCCAAUUCUACUGCAUCUGGAUUUGGGUAUCGAGAAAAUCUUGAUGGUGCUGGCAGCCUUAAAUCACGAAACCGCUACGAAUCGCCUUCGCGCAGCUACAGCACCAAGCCUGUGGCUUAUGGACAAAGCUCUAUGAACUAUCGGUCAACCGCGGCAGAUCCUAGUUAUUCCACACGGAGGGAGCCUCUUUUUGCGAAUCAGACUGUUGGUGAUUUACGACAUUGAUAAACACAAUGAUUUACGACAGGUGGACUUUUAAUCAUCAGACGUGCAGGCCUUUGUGCUGCCUAAUGGCUUAAAAGGUGAUGAUGCCAUAGCCAGAUGCAAGCUUAACCAAUCGUCUUCAAAGCACUUCAAUUGGACCAUAGCCAGCCAAGAGCAAGCUAUGCUGAUUCUUAGUCUGGUUGUAACUCAUGUUUCAGCUGCUGGAGUAUGAAAUGAAAUUUGUCAUCCUUAGUAGUUGGAUCAAUUCGAUAUCAAAACAAAUCCAAGUGAAGUAAUUGUUUGUGAUACUCGAAGAUGUCCCUUCUUUUGAAACGUUGCGUUUAUUGAUUCGAUUGUUGCUGCUUCAAUAGAAUUGGAUGAGACUCUCAAUUUGAUGGAGUUGUUUAUUGAUGCAA